AUGGCUAGGUGGACGAUGUUGGCUUUAUGGCUAAAGGCGAUAGCGAACGCGAGACCAUUAGGAAACUUAGAGUGGUAUGCUAUAAAUCCGAUUAAUAGGCCGAGAAACAUAUAUCUGUCUUUAACCCGAAGAAAUACGCACUUAUAUACUUUGAUAUACCAUGAUAGCGAUAAGGACGGCCGAGCGAUACCUAGGCUACUGGCUAGAUCUGGGUCUGGAAUUCCACUAUUACUGCGAGAAAGCCGUGGCCAAGGCGAGCGUCUCCCUCUAAGUACUCCGAAGCUUAGCGGGGUUAAUGUGGGGAGCCUCGCUCUAUAUAAUGCGAAGGAUCUACUAAGCGGUCAUCAUUCCACAGAUACUCUUUAG